AUGCCGAGAGAUCCAUUGAUUGGGCUGGUGGGAAAGGUCUCAAUCGGGUAUCUUCAAAUAGAAUGCGCUUGCCAACGCUUCAACGUGUCGGAUAAAUGCAAGCCGAACUACGGCGGUUGCGUGGAAGGCCGCCGUUCCGUCCCCAUCGAACUCCUGGACGUGGCUGGUCUGGUUCCAGGAGCGCAUCAGGGACGCGGAUUGGGUAACAAGUUUUUGGACGACUUGCGCCAUGCGGAUGCUCUCAUCCAUGUCGUGGAUGUGAGCGGGACCACCGAUGCGGAAGGCAAAGCGACACGAGGGUAUGACCCCUCGCAGGACAUUGAAUGGUUGCACUCUGAAAUUGUGCGCUGGGUGCUGGGCAACCUGAUGCAGAAAUGGGGCUCUAUCAAGAGGAGACAUGUAGCAAUCAAAGCGACGGCCGUCGAAACCCUGCAGAAUCAGUUCUCAGGCUACGGGAGCACAUCAGCGACUGUGGGAAGAUGCUUAGAUCGCAUAGGGUUGAAGGAACCAUUGGAAAACUGGUCUGAUGAGACGGUCCAGAAGGUGGUGGAGGCCUUCAUUGAUGAGAAAUUCCCGACAGUAUAUGCUUUGAACAAAAUCGACCAUCCUGAUGCAGAUAAGAACAUCAGCAAAAUUGCCAAGAUGCAAGACCCCAAGACGAUAGUGCUUUGCUCUGCCAUAUCAGAAGUCUUCCUCCGGCGGCUCGCAAAACAGGGAUACAUCAAAUACAUAGAAGGCAGUGAAUUUGUGGAUACAAGGGAAGAUCUCAUAGACAUGGGAGAUCCGGAUGGAGGUGGGCUCAAGGAGAUGGACGAGAAAUUGAAGACGCGCGUCGAAAACCUCAAAGACAUGGUACUCUACCGUUUUGGAUCCACGGGUGUCGUCCAAUGUCUUUCGAGAGCCGCGGAACUCCUGGGACUUGUGCCGGUCUUCCCCGUCCGUAAUAUCCACACUUACGCGUCUGGAGCUGGUAGCGCUGUUUUCCGUGAUUGUGUCUUGGUUAAGAAGGGUAGCACUGUCGGCGAUGUCGCCAACAAGGUGAUGGGCGAUGUGCCCAUCUCCUACAUCGAGGGCGUCGGCGGCACCCGAGUGUCAGAAGAUGAGGUUGUGGAAGUGGGCAAACACGAUGUAUGUGGUACAUUUUAUUCAUUGGUCACUGGUGCUAACAGUUUUUUUGCUCCUAGGUUCUGUCGUUCAAGCCUGGCCGAUAGAUCCUGUUCCUCGGCUUUUAUGUACAGCUAA